AUGAAAUAUGUCGACGCUGACCAGGUCGGCCCACACGACGGUGGAACGGGAUCCCCUGAUGGUCUGGACAAGGAAGACAGCCGAUACGUCGAGAUCGAACCAGGUGAUGUCUCCGACAACGCCGACCAGCUGCAGCGCCGGCUCAACAACCGGCAGAUCCAGCUCAUCGCCAUCGGCGGUUCCAUCGGCACUGCCAUCUUCGUCAGCGUCGGCGGCGCCCUGGCGAAAGGCGGGCCGAUCAGUCUGCUCCUGGCCUAUGUGAUCUAUGCCUGUUUCCUGGGCAUGGUCAACAACGGAGUCGCCGAGAUGACCAUCUUGCACCCUGUCUCCGGAGGGUUUGUGCGAAUGGCUGGAAAAUGGGUUGAUGAUGCAUUUGGCUUCGCGGCCGGGUGGAAUUUCUUUCUCUACGAGGCCCUGAUCAUUCCGUUCGAGAUCACGGCGCUGACUCUCGUCAUCUCCUUUUGGAGCGACAACGUCCCUGCCGCGGCCGUUUGUGUCGGCUGUAUCGUAUGCUAUGGCGCAAUCAAUGUUCUGGCGGUCAGAGCCUACGGCGAAGCUGAGUUCUGGCUAUCUGGCGGCAAGGUGAUCCUGAUUUUCAUGCUUUUCGCCUUCACCUUUAUCACCAUGGUGGGAGGAAAUCCCCAGAACGACAAAUAUGGCUUUCGGUACUGGAAGAAUCCAGGCCCCUUUGCAGUGUACCACACUACUGGCGACCUCGGGCGCUUUGAAGGCUUCCUAGCUUGCCUUUGGAGCGCUGCAUUCACCAUCGUUGGCCCCGAAUAUGUGAGCAUGGUGGCUGCAGAGGCGAAGCGUCCUCGUGUUUAUAUCAAGUCCGCCUUUAAGACGAUGUACAUUCGGUUCGCCCUGUUCUUCAUCGGAGGAGCACUCUGUGUCGGGAUCGUGGUUGCUUACAAUGACCCUACACUUGUGGCGAUCGUCAGUGGCACGUCUGGCGGCGGAGGCACUGCCGCGGCUUCUCCCUACGUUAUUGCCAUGGGAAAUCUCGGGAUCGGAGUGUUGCCUCACAUCACUAACGCGUUAUUAUGCACCAGUAUCUUUUCGGCCGGAAAUACCUAUACUUAUUGCGCUAGUCGGACCCUUUAUGGGCUUGCCCUCGAGGGCCGCGCUCCGAAAUUACUGCGCAAAUGUACCAAGGGUGGAGUGCCUAUUUAUUGCUUUCUCAUCACUAUGUUAUUUCCCUUCUUGUCGUUCCUUCAACUCUCCAACAAUUCAGCGACGGUCCUAAAUUGGCUUAUUGCUUUGGUCACCGCCGGUGGAAUCCUUAAUUAUGUCAUCAUGUCGGUCACCUAUCUACGAUUCUUCUAUGCCUGUAAGGCUCAAGGAGUCGACCGCAGGCUUUUCCCCUACUAUGGCUACUUUCAACCUUAUUGUGGCUGGGCCGGACUUAUUUGGAUGUCUAUAAUCGUCUUUUUCUUCGGAUAUUCCAGCUUUACGCCUCCAGGUGUCGAUAAGUUCUUCAGUAACUACACUAUGCUUAUCGUUACACCUGUGCUGGGUGUAUUCUGGAAGCUGUUCAAGCGCACCAAGAUUGUGAAAUCCAGCGAAUGCGAUCUUGUCUGGGAACGACCAAUUGUUGAUGCUUACGAGGCUUCUUUCCUCUCACCCCCGAUCGGAUUCUGGAUGGAGAUGCUUCAAUUGGUCGGCAUUAAGCGAACCAAGAAAGACGAUCGACGAGGCUCAAUCCAAGCUAUUGUUGACCGCCGGGGUUCCGUUAUCUCCUCAAAAAGUGCGGAGAAGUACUAG